AUGGCGGCGGCGGCGGCGAAGGAGCUUCCCUCCACGGUGCUCUCCCGCAACAAGGAGGGCAUGGAGGCCCUCCGCAAGGGCGACGUGCAGGCAGCGUUUGACCAGUUCAAGGAGGCAGAGUCGAUCCUGACGUCGCGCUCCUCUGAGAUGGACGGGGCGACGAGCCUGCUGGCAGUGACCUGCAACAACCUCGGUUUGUACUACAAGAAGGUCGGCAAGCUCCACGGCGCCCUGAGCUACCUGCGGAGGGCUCUCAAGAUGGAGACCGACCUGGGCACGGACGAGGUCACCCUCGCAGGGACGCACCUCAACAUCUGCGCCAUCCUGUCCAAGCUGGACAAGCACGACAGGGCGGUCCAGCACGCCCUGAACGCGCUGGACCUCGUCAACCGGCGAGUCCAGGUCCAGGACCCAGACCAGGUGUCGAAGGACGAGUUCUCGGUGCUCGCCAUCGCGUACCACACGCUGGCCGUGGAGAGGGAGUGCCUGCAGCAGUUCGAGAAGGCCGCGGAGGCGUUCAAGAAAGGCCACGAGGUCGCCUGCAGGCACCUCGGCGCGGAGCACCCGCUGGCCAUAUCGCUGGGGAGCAACUGCGACGCUGUCCUGGUGAAGUCUCGCAAGCUGGCGAGGGCUCCCGUCAGACCGUACUCCAGCGGA